UGUUGCUUGUGCUGCUGCUUGUGCUGCUGCUGCUCUUUGGGCCUGCAGGCGCUGCCGGAGCCCCGGGCUGGCGUGAGCGAGGCCCCCGAGGGAGAGAGCAGCCAUGGCGGCGCCUCCAGCCGCAGCAGCAGUAGGAGCCUCCUCCUCCUCGUCAGCGAUGGCGGAGACGAAGAUCAUCUACCACCUGGACGAGCAGGAGACGCCGUACCUGGUGAAGGUGGCCAUCCCGGCCGAGCGGGUCACGCUGGGAGACUUCAAGGCCCUCCUCAACCGGCCCAGCUACAAGUUCUACUUCAAGUCCAUGGACGACGACUUCGGGGUUGUGAAGGAAGAAAUCUCCGAUGACAAUGCAAGGCUUCCCUGUUUCAAUGGCCGAGUGGUAUCAUGGCUUGUAUCAGCUGAAGGCUCUCAUUCGGAUGCUGGAUCUGUUUGUGCCGACAAUCAGCCAGAGCUACCGCCCUCCAUUGAGCGAACAGGAGGUAUAGGAGACUCCAGGCCACCUUCUUUUCACCCCAACACCGGAGGAAGCCGAGAGAACCUGGAUAAUGAGACAGAAACCGACUCCGUGGUGUCGAUACAGAGAGAACGACCCCGCAGAAAAGAGGGACCUGAACACGCACCCAGGGUGAACGGGAUGGCCAAAGGGGAACGUCGGCGGGAACUCGGUGGCUAUGAAAGCUCCUCCACCCUCAUGAGCAGUGAACUGGAGACCACCAGCUUCUUUGAUUCAGAUGAGGAUGAUUCCACCAGCAGGCUUAGCAGCUCCACAGAACAGAGCAGUGCCUCCCGCCUGAUGAGAAGGCACAAGCGACGUCGGCGGAAACAGAAAGUACCACGUAUUGAGCGGUCCUCGUCCUUCAGCAGCAUUACCGAUUCCACCAUGUCGCUGAAUAUUAUCACGGUCACCCUAAACAUGGAGAAAUACAAUUUCCUAGGCAUUUCCAUUGUUGGACAGAGCAAUGAGCGUGGUGAUGGUGGCAUCUACAUCGGUUCCAUCAUGAAAGGAGGUGCUGUGGCAGCAGAUGGGAGAAUUGAGCCAGGAGAUAUGCUGCUGCAGGUGAACGAUAUCAACUUUGAGAACAUGAGCAAUGACGAUGCUGUGAGAGUGCUGAGGGAAAUUGUACACAAGCCUGGACCCAUCACGUUGACAGUUGCAAAGUGUUGGGAUCCUAGCCCCAGGGGCUGCUUCUCGUUGCCUAGGAGUGAGCCCAUACGACCCAUUGACCCAGCUGCCUGGGUUUCCCACACAGCGGCGAUGACUGGCACCUACCCAGCGUACGGUAUGAGCCCAUCCAUGAGUACAAUCACUUCCACCAGCUCCUCCAUCACCAGCUCCAUCCCAGAAACCGAGCGCCUCGAUGACUUUCACCUGUCCAUCCACAGUGAUAUGGCCACCAUUGUCAAAGCCAUGGCCUCGCCUGAGUCAGGCUUGGAGGUACGCGACCGUAUGUGGCUGAAGAUCACCAUCCCCAAUGCUUUCAUUGGCUCUGACGUGGUGGAUUGGCUCUACCACCACGUGGAAGGCUUCACAGACCGACGAGAAUCCCGCAAGUAUGCCAGCAACCUGCUGAAGGCUGGCUACAUCCGGCACACUGUCAACAAGAUCACCUUCUCGGAGCAGUGCUAUUACAUCUUUGGCGACCUCUGCGGCAACAUGGCCAGCCUGUCCUUGCACGAUCACGAUGGAUCCAGCGGUGCGUCCGAUCAAGACACAUUGGCUCCACUGCCCCAUCCGGGAGCUGCGCCGUGGCCCAUGGCCUUCCCAUACCAGUACCCUCCACCUCACCCAUACAACCCCCAUCCUGGGUUUCCUGAUCCAGGCUACAGCUACGGAGGGGGCAGUGCAGGCAGCCAGCACAGCGAAGGAAGUCGGAGCAGUGGCUCAAACCGCAGCGGCAGCGAGAGAAGGAAGGAACGAGAGCCCAAGGCCGGAGAUUCCAAGUCAGGUGGCAGCGGCAGCGAGUCGGACCACACUAGUCGCAGCAGCAUGCGCCGGGAGCGGGCGGCCAGCGAGCGCUCGGUGCCGGCCAGCCAGCGCAGCCACCACUCGAUGGCCCACAGCCUCCGGAGCCACCACAGCCAGCAGUCCUAUGGGCCGCCGGGCCUCCCGCCGCUCUACAGCCCUCCCAUGCUCCUGAUGCCUCCUCCGCCGCCCUCCGCUCUGGGACCCCCGGGGGCCCCCCCUGGCCGAGACCUGGCCUCCGUGCCCCCCGAACUGACGGCCAGUAGACAGUCCUUCCGAAUGGCCAUGGGCAACCCCAGUGAGUUCUUUGUGGAUGUAAUGUGAAGCACCGCCCCUCCCUGCCUCUGUCCCUGAAUGUUUGCUGCCCGCAACGGUUUGUCUUCUAGGAACAGCCCAGCCUCAGCCUGUGUGGGAUGUCCUUUUUUAUUAUUUUAUUUGGUCUUGAUAAUUACAAAAAGGGAAAAAAACAAAAAUAAACUGAACUAAAAAUGUUUUGAUUCUAAUCCCUGCCUGCGAGUGGACCUGGCCGCCUCUCCCGAAUCCCCCCCACCCGGACUUGAUUGCCGAAGUGAAUGCCCUUGCUUGCACCGGUCCCCUAAUCCUUUUUCUAACCCCAUUAAUCUGCAUUUGCCUGGGGUCUCCGCCGCUCGCUCACCUGUGUUUUCCGUGCCGGCUCACUGCUCCUGCCCUAAACACGUGCCCUCUUUCUUCUCGCCCCUUUUUGUGUUCCUUUCUGUCGAGCAGCCAAGAAUUACGGGGUGUUUGACUUCCUUUGAGCCGGCCACUCGCGGUGGGGAGAGCCGUGGCGCGUUGUGGCGGUUCUGGUGGUGGUCCGGCUCCCCAUCCAACAGAGGAAGACUCAAAACCCUACAGGCAGGCCCUUGGGCCCAAUCUGGGGGCUGAAGAUGGCUCUUUUCCCACAGGUGGAAAACACCUUCAACUUUUCCAUAACUUGGGGAGGGGGAAUGGGGCUCAAUUCCAGCUUGGUGUGUCUUCACUCAUAUUAGUUUCAGAGGUGAAACACAAACUCCAACUUGGCCAGGCAGUAGAGACCUCCCUUGCUAAGGCUGAUUGCUUCCCAAACUGGGGAAAUGCCACAAAUCCUUCGGGGAAGCUUGCUAUGAUUGAUUACUUCCCAAACUGCAACAAGGGCCUCCUGAGGAAAUGUCAGAAACCCUUUUGGGAAGCCUGCUCCAUGUUUCUCUGCCUCCCAAAGUCUUGACUGAGGCCAGUAGUGAGAGUGCCGGUCCAUCAUAUUCUCUGUUAUGCCAAGUUCCUGAAACUACCAAAGGUACAGGUGCCAUUCCCUCCUUCUGGAAAUUGCACCCGCCUCUCCCCUCCAAAAUGGAUUUUCCUGUGCCAGCACUCAAAGUGAAUUGUCUUCUUGCCGUGUCCUUCUCUUUCUGGUGUCCUGUCAUAGGUUUUUUCCCCCCCUAUCAUAUCUGUGCACACUUCUGUUAGUUUAGCCGCCUUGUUCCGCUUAUCAGUUGCGAAAUGUGUUUUCCAUAUCCAAUUUCGUUUGCUGUUUUGCUUGGACUUUCUGCAUACCUAUGACAACUGCUUUGCUGUCCCCCCCUUUCUUCUUGUAAUUAUUUUUUCCUCGUUUUCUUUCUGGCGUUGUUUUUAAGUGUCCUGUGAUCUUUCAUUCUUCUACUUUUUUAAUAACCCCCAAAACGCAUUAAAGCAAACGAGAGGGAGGUUUUGUGGCCUCUAAAUACUACACUUAAAGCAAACGAGAGGGAGAUUUUGAGGCCUCUAAACACCUCUACACUUCUUUGCUGCCGUUCUAGAACAGAGCAAUUUACUUAGAUCAGGCAUGGGCAAACGUGGGCCCUCCAGGUGUUUUGGACUUCAACUCCCACAAUUCCUAACAGCCGGUAGCCUUCGACAACAUACAGACAAUUCCGGGAAAUUUCCAAAUGGCUCCACUGCAUUUCACCCUAGCAUUUCAGUCAGUCAAGAACUCCUUACUGGCCUGUUUUGCAACAAUUCUUUCCUUUCCAGUUUUUCCUAAAAAUUUGCAUGUAAGUUGAGUUUUCUGCAAAAACAUUGACCCCUUCCUUUCACAUAACUCUGUUUCAGGUGUGAUAUUGCUCACACAGUGGCAACACUUGAGCCGAUGCUAGGUAUCCAGGCCAGUUGUAUCACUAGAAAUCGAACAGAAUGGUGAGAUCCAGUUCCAAGUUUAGGAAAAGAGGUGCCGACCGUUGACCCCUGGUGGCACAAUGGGCUAAACCCUUGUGCCAGCAGGAUUGCUGACCAAAAGGUCGGCGGUUCGAAUCUGGGAAGCAGGGUGAGCUCCUGUCUGUCAGCUCCAGCUUCUCAUGUGGGGACAUGAGCGAAGCCUUCCAUAGGAUGGUAAAACAUGCGGCCGUGCCCUGGGCAAUGUCCUUGCAGACGGCCAACUCUCUCACACCAGAAGCGACUUGCAGUUUCUCUAGUUGCUCAUUAUACGAAAAAAAUACAAACAAAACAAAACCGUUAGCCCAGGGAAGUCUCUGCAAAGGUGCAUACAACAAAAAUACCACUUAUACAUAAAGAUAACAAUAACAGAAUUUAGCAAGCAGUUAUAUAAACAUGUUGUACUGUUCAAUUUCACAGUGAUAUCAAACAGUAUAUUAAAGAGACUGUACCAAAAUUUACAUAAUAUUGUUUGACAUCACUGUGAAAUAUAAGUGGUAUUUUUGUUAUAUGCACAUAUUCAGGAACCCAUUUAUAUUAAGUCUCUGCAAAUGCCAGCCCUUUUUGUGUGAGUGGUGGCACUUGAUUUUAUCAUAAUGGUAGUCAAGCAGAGUAUGGAUUGAAGCAUCCACAGAAGAACAUGGAAGUUGUCUUAAUCUGCGGAAGCUGCGUGCUUUACAGAAUGAAUCUGUGUAGUUAUCUUUGCAGAAUCCCAUUGUUGCACCCAUGGAGUGCACAUAUCUAUAGUUUUUCAGAAUUUAGAAUAGUGUCCAGUUCACUCCAGUACCAAACGUCCUUAUUACAACUCUGCUGUUAGUGAGGAGGAUUACUGAAGGUGGCCCUCUGUUUUACUUUUUGGUAGACUUUUCCCAUUUGGUAGGCUAUGCUUGUGCCUCACCUCCUGGUGGUACAGCUGGUUAAACUGCUGAAGUUGCUGACUGAAAGGUCGGCGGUUCAAAUCCUGCUGUUAGGCCCAGCUUCUGCCAAUUUAGCAGUUCGAAAACAUUCAAAUGUGAGUAGAUCUAUAGGUACCGCCUAUUGGUAACGGCACUCCAUGCAGUCAUGCUGGCCACAUGACCUUGGAGGUGUCUACGGACAACACCGGCUCUUUGGCUUAGAAAUGGAGAUGAGCACCUGGUUCCAGGGUCGGACACGACUGGACUUAAUGUCAGGGGAAACCUUUACCUCUUAUGUUGUGCUUCAUGUAAUUCUGCCUUUUAUUUACUCACUUAUUUGGAAAUUUUAGAUCAUUUCACUGUUUUCCUUCCACUGGGGGAGACUUUAUAGAGCGACUUCUCUCACCUUUUAGAGAGAAAACAAGGGGUACAAACAAAAAUCUAUAUAAAUGAAAA